GUCACUAUAUCGUCGACUGCAAAGGCAGAUAUCUCAAUAUGGCCACCCUCAUGAACCAACAGCAACCGUCAGUCUACCCAAAGAGCCAUGUCGGUUUCGAUAGCAUCACGCAGCAGAUUGAGAAGAAGCUCUUGAAGCGCGGUUUCCAGUUCAAUGUCAUCUGCGUUGGUCAAACUGGUCUCGGCAAAUCCACCCUAAUCAACACCAUCUUCGCUUCGCACUUGAUGGACAGCAAGGGCCGUCUCGUGCCCGACGAGCCCAUUCGUAGCACCACCGAAAUUCAGUCUGUUUCUCAUAUCAUUGAAGAGAACGGUGUACGUCUGAGACUGAACAUUGUCGAUACCCCGGGUUAUGGCGACCUCAUCAAUAACGACCGCUGCUGGGACCCGAUCGUCAAGUACAUCAAAGAUCAACACAGCGCAUACCUGCGCAAGGAAUUGACCGCUCAGCGUGAGCGAUAUCUCCAGGAUACCCGCAUUCAUUGCUGCUUGUUCUUCAUCCAGCCAUCAGGACAUGCUCUCAAGCCCAUCGACAUUGUCGUCUUGAAGAAGCUGUCAGAGUUUGUCAACGUGGUUCCAGUUAUCGCCAAGAGCGAUACUUUAACAUUGGAAGAGCGCGCUGCCUUCAAGGAAAGGAUAAAGGAGGAGUUUGCUUUCCACAACCUUCGGAUGUACCCAUACGACAACGAUGAGCUUGACCAAGAAGAGGUUGCUCUGAACGCGCAAAUCAAGAGUAUCAUCCCUUUUGCCGUUGUUGGAUCUGAGAAGACCAUUGUCGUCAACGGCAAGCAGGUGCGCGGCCGUCAAAACCGAUGGGGCGUUAUCAAUGUUGAGGAUGAAAACCACUGCGAAUUCGUCUAUCUACGAAACUUCCUUACGCGCACCCACCUUCAAGACCUUAUCGAAACAACCUCGCAGAUCCACUACGAGUCCUUCCGUGCUAAACAGCUUCUCGCGCUUAAGGAGAGCUCUGCUGCUGGACAUGGGAGCAGGCCUAUCUCUCCUGCUGCUGACCGUGAGCUCAGCAGGAAUAGCCAGAGGAUGACCAUGAACGGAUAUUAAGACGGACGAUUGAGGAAGCAGUUGUCGGUAGAGGCUGAUAUGGUGGGAUUGUGACUCUAUGGAUCUUUAGCAACAAGAGGACGGGUUUGGUGUCCACAUAUGCAGCUUCUCCAAUAUGAACAGGAGAGUUGGGAGCCAGGGUGUACUUCAGUCAGGACGGACAAGCCUACUCACUUCGAAGAUUAUUUUAUUACCUACAGAUCUGAUGCGUCGGAUUAAAAUUAGCGCUGGGCAGCUUCUCUUUACUACCUAUAAUUUCUUAGUACCCUUAUUGGAGUAGAGCUAUGAUAAUAUGAGAGCGCAUUAUAUCCCGCCUU